AUGGGCAACCCCAUCCCCGUCUCGCUCUCCCAGGAGUGCAGAAAGGCGACGCAGAUCUUAAACGACUUCGUCGACCCCGUAAACGGCCUCGACAGGGUGCUCCCCCUCAGCGUCCUUCGCAAGGCAAAGGGCUUCGCCAUCUUCUCGGUCUUCCGCAUCGGCUUUGUCCUCUCGGCUCGCGCAGGCAGCGGCGUCGUCAUCGUAAAGACCGACGAUGGCAAGUGGUCCGCUCCCGCAGCCAUCGGCAUCGGCGGCCUCGGCGGCGGUUUCAACGUCGGCGCAGAGGUCACCGACUUCCUCAUCGUACUCAACUCGCGCUCCGCAGUACGCUCCUUUAUGGCCACCGGCUCCCUCCAGCUCGGCGGAAACCUCAGCCUCGCCGUCGGGCCCCUCGGCAGGUCCGCAGAGGCCAGCGGUUCCGUAAACAGCUCCGGAAAGCUCGCAGCCAUGUUCAGCUACAGCCGAAGCAAGGGCCUCUACGGCGGCGUAUCCGUAGAGGGCACCGUACUCAUCGACCGCGAAGACGCAAACGGAAAGGCCUACGGUCGCAACGGCCACACGGCAAAACAGAUCCUCUCCGGCAGCGUAGACGUGCCCGCCUUUGCCCAGGGACUCAUCAGCACCAUCGAACGCUUCACGCUCGCACACACCCCAGUAGGCGACCUCGACCACAACCCCUACGACGAUGAAGACUUUUUCCGCUAUGGCGAUCGCGGCCGCGACCGACCGCAAGGCAGCGGCAGAAAUCGGGACCGCGACCGCGACAGCCUCGACAGCGACUCACUCCACUCGAGGGAUCCAAGUGCAGCGGCCGCCAGCACUGCGGCGGGCAUGAGCUGGAGCGAGCGGAGGGAGCAGUACCAGAACGGCGGCGCCUCGGGAGCAUCGCGCAAGCAGGGCACCGGCAAGCACGCGUCGGACCUGCUGGAAGACGACUUUGACCGCCUUGGCAUCUCGGACCCGCCGCGCCGCAGCUCCGAGAGCUGGACCGAGGCCGACAGGCGGCGACGCAACGAGGCCGAGACGCGCAACCUCGGCAGCUACGCGUUCGGCUCGCCCAUAUCGUCCAUCUCCAAUGCCCCGCCUCGGACGGGCUCGGGCGCGUCGGUCCGCAAGCGACCAGGGAUCCGCCAGCGCUCGUCGAGCAUCGCAAGCAACCUCAGCUUCGGCAGCUUUGGCAGGAAAAAGUCGGAACGGACCGGAUCCACGCCCAUCCCGGACAGCAGCGGUGCCGACGUCGACGUCGACGUCGACCUCGGCGGCAGGCGCAGCGCGCAGCGAGAGCCGCUAGACUCGUUGGACAGGGAGCUGCAGAGCGGCAGCUUCGGUGGCGGCGGCAGCAGCAGUGCGGGCUACAGGGGCUCGUCGUACCGCCCUUCGCACUCUGGCCGCAGUCCGAGCUACGGUGGACCGCUGAACAGCGGAGCCUUGUUUGAUGCGCCGGCGUCGGCGACGGCGUCAUCGUCGGCAUCGCCGUUCCGGCAGCACCGCACCAACUCGAGCAUGUCGGUCACGGGUCGGCAUGGGUGGUCGACGUUUGACUCGGGCGACGGCGAUGGCGACGGCAACGGUUUUGGCGGCGGUCGCCACGGUGACUUUGCCGAUGACGAUCUGUUCGGCGGUGCGAGGAAGGCCCGCGAAGGCUCGACUGCAACCUCGGAUCCAUUUGCGGAUCUGACGGCCGGCCUGGAGCGGAAGUGGACGGGCACGGGCCCUGGGGCAGGUCGGACGCCGCAGCUGCAGCCCAAGUGGGACGGGGGCUAUGCGGGAUCGACGAUGCGCGGCAUCUCGACGCUGGGCGCCACCAACGUGCCGCAACCGACGGCGAGCCCGUCGUCUGCCGGCAUCUCGACGUCGCCCACAUCGACACGACGACGAUCCGGGAUCGCAUCUCGAAGCGGGACGACGCCGACGAUACCGGAAAGCCACGGCGACGACGUCAACCUCAUUGGCGACGACGACGACUUUGUCACGAGCAGCAGCAACGGUGGUGGUGGUGGAGGUAGGGAGGGAGAUUACUUUGGUGGUAACGGUGGGGGCGCGGGCAAUGGUUUCUUCGCAAAUGGACGGGACGACGACGAGGGGGGGGAGGGGGAGGGGGAGCCGCGGGUGAUAGAGAGGGUGGUGGCGCUGUACGACUUUGAGGCGCAGCAAGAGGGCGAUCUGGGCUUCCAGAGGGGACAGGUGAUUGGCGUCACGAAAAAGACGAGGACGCGCGACGACUGGUGGCAGGGUCGUGUCGAGGUCGGCGGAUUGGGCAGCCGCAUUGGAAUUUUCCCAGCAUCGUAUACCCAAUCCCUCUAG